AUGGGAACCGGCGAACACCGCUGGGCGACGUAUACCAUCGAUCAACCCCGCAAACGCCGUGCCGAGUCGGUGUGCGCGAUAUGCCACAGCAAGAAGACCAAAUGUGACUUGGCCGAGCGGCGGAGGGCGGGGGCGGAGAAGUGCACAUACUGCCACAACACCGGCAAAUCAUGUCAGCCGCAUCUGGGGCGGAGAGCGAUCCGACGUCAACGAGCUGCAGAGCAUCGUGGUGAGGCGCCCACGCCAGCAUUGUCGUCGAUACGGGAAGAGGCCAUCACCGUUCAGGCCCAGCAGCCACAGGAGCAGCAUCAACAGACAUCUUUACAGCCUCUCAGCCGCACGAACACUCUUGACAGUCCAACAACACGGCGGACUGAUAUCUCCGAUGCAGUUGCUGUCAGCCAUGAAGGCGAUCUAGACACAGGCUUCUUACAACCAUUUGUUCGUACAGAACAACACGACCCAGCAGCUGGAGCUUCGGACCGGGGUGGGAUAACACUAUCACCCAAUACUCAAGUAGCUCCUCACCUUCUUCACGUCUUCCUCGAACCGUACUACGACAGCUGCUACGCCUUCUGUCCCGUGUUAGACAAUCAUGCUGCUCUUGAUGAACUACAGGCCUCGCCACUGCUGUGCAAUGCUUUGGCCACGCUCGGCAGCAACCUCCAACCACCUCUCGUGCCAUGUGUUGGGCCAGCACGAUAUUAUGAUCGAGCUCGACGAAUGUUCUACGAGGACGAGGAGCCAAACAUAUCGACAUGUCUCCGAGCCAUUUUACUGUUCUACUGGUGGGCCCCACGAUCGACCUCCCUCGUCCAUCGACAUUCGUCUUGGUGGUGGACUUCAGUCGUGAUCAGACACGCUCAGCAGAUGAAUUUGCAUCGUUCGAAGCCAGCCAGCGACAACGAUGGUACUGUGACUGGGUUGCAAAAGCGAGUCUGGUGGACUGCCUUUGCCCGAGAACGUCUCACGGCGCUUUGCCAGAGCAAACCUCCCAUCAUCAAUCUCGAAGACUGCACGAUAUCGGCACCCGCCAUGGAAGACUUUCCACUCAGCAUGCAGGGAAGUACAAAGGCGCUCGUAUUCAUACACUGGGUGCGGCUGUGUGGCACGAUUGGUCGCAUCGCCCAUCAUUUGGCACGUAGGAAAAGCCAGAUGCAAGAUACGCGCUACGUAGCCAAUGACUUGGUCGAUCACUCGUUGGAGCAAGAAUUGCUGAAUUGGGUCACAAGCCUACCGAACAGCUUGGCACUUGGUGUCAACGAAAUGUUUGAGGCAAAAUAUGACCGAGAUAUCUACCAGCUGUAUCUGCCGUACCUGACGGCGGUGAUCGUACUGGACCUUCACACAGCGGAGUCAUCACAAGACACACCUCGAGCCGGGCCAGCAGCGGUAGCUGCAGCUUCCUGUAUGGCAAGAAUAUUCCGUGAUGUUCUGGCGAGAGGAAAUACCCGAUUUCUCAUGGCCAUCACCAGCUGGUACUGCGCAACGGCCUUUCUGGCACUUCUUUCAGCGAGGAAACAAUCGCAUCUCACAGCAGCCGCGAACACUGAUAUUGAGACAAUACGAGUUAUGUGUGGUCAGCUGCAAGAGAUCUGGGGCUCGUCUGCGGUGAUCUAUCAAGGAAUACAACGCAUGAUGGCAUCAAGUGAGGCUCAGAACCCUGUCGAUUUGGAUGUGAAUGUACAGUCUCAAAUCUCUGCACCACAACUCAGCAGCACAGCGACCGGGUCCAACACGGACAGUCAAAAUGAUACAUCAUCUUGGAAGCAAUACUUCCCAUUCGCUACUGCAAAAACAUCAGAGGUCCUGCGAAUUAUGCUUGAAAACGGCGAACAAACCACACUUGAAUCCCUCGAAGCUAGCUUGUUCUCCAACGACCUGGUGGGCGACAUGUUUGAUAUGUUCUUCGUUGGCUUUGAGGAUACACAAUGGGAGCAGAUGUAA